UGGAGUGGGAAGGUUUGAAAUGCAGGGGAGAAUUGAGUUUGAGAAAGAUUAAAUUUUGAGUGAAGGGACAAGGUUUUUUGUGAAGUUUGAAAAAAAAACUUGUAGGUUUUUGAAAACAGAUAAAUUUUAGUUGGAGUGUAAAAAUGGCGACUCCGAAUGAGGCUCCGGAUCAUCGUCGAAAAUGGAAUUUGGAAGAGUACGAGAAAUUGGCAGCGAAGCGGAUUGAAGAUGAAGAGGAGGAAAUGGACGAGGAUGGAAAACCCAAGGCACGGGAACUUCUGAAAGUUCGAGAUUAUCGGGUCGACCUUGAUUCUCGGUUGGGAAAGACGAUCGUCAUCACAAAAAAUACGCCAGCCGCGCAAGCAGGAGGAUAUUAUUGUAACGUUUGUGACUGCGUGGUCAAGGACUCGAUCAACUUUUUGGAUCAUAUCAAUGGAAAGAAGCAUCAACGGAAUUUGGGAAUGUCCAUGAAGAUUGAACGAUCCACGCUGGACCAAGUAAAGCAAAGAUUUGAAGUUUUGAAACAGAAGAAAACUGAACAAAAGAAAAAGUACGAUUUGGAUAAACGACUACAGGAAUUGCAAGAAGAGGAAGACAAAAGCAAAGAAUACAAACGGGGCAAACGCUUGGAACGGAAACGGAAACAUGCCGAAGAAUCCGCCGCAGCCAGCAGUAGUAGCGCUCUUGAGCAUGAAAUGGACCCUGAGAUGGCCGAAGUCAUGGGAUUCUCGGGUUUCGGCACUUCCAAAAAAUAACCCAUCACUGCCAUUAAAUCAAUUAACUAACUAACUACCAAUUAAGAGUUAAAUACAACACAACACAACCACAAAACUUUUUACGUACCCACACACACCGUCUCUUAUUUUUAUUUACGUACUUCCGAUUAGAUAAAUAUGUAUCUCAUUAUUGCUGUUUUAUAUGAAUGCUGCGUUACGAAAGAAAAUACAAAACCAAGUUGUUCCAUUUU